CCCAGCGCUCAGCCUCUCCGGCUGCCCGGGAAGUGGGAGCUGCACCGAAAGUCGGCGCCGGAGCGGCGGACUGGGCAUGCUCAGAAGCCAGGGCUGGCUCUGGGCUCGAGUAGGAAGCGUCUGCACUCGGGAGGCGGCGGCGACUUUGGGGAAAGUUGCCCGGAGAGGGGAGCAAGCCCCAAGGCGCGCGGCAGCGGCGGGCAGGCGCCCCGGCGGCCCGGAGGAGCAUGGGCACCCUGCGGGAUUUACAGUACGCGCUCCAGGAGAAGAUCGAGGAGCUGAGGCAGCGGGAUGCCCUCAUCGACGAGCUGGAGCUGGAGUUGGAUCAGAAGGACGAACUGAUCCAGAAGCUGCAGAACGAGCUGGACAAGUACCGCUCGGUGAUCCGGCCGGCCACCCAGCAGGCGCAGAAGCAGAGCGCCGGCACCUUGCAGGGCGAGCCGCGCACCAAGCGGCAGGCGAUCUCCGCCGAGCCCACCGCCUUCGACCUCCAGGAUCUCAGCCAUGUGACCCUGCCCUUCUACCCCAAGAGCCCACAGUCCAAGGAUCUCAUAAAGGAAGCUAUCCUUGACAAUGACUUUAUGAAGAACCUGGAGCUGUCGCAGAUCCAGGAGAUUGUGGAUUGUAUGUACCCAGUGGAGUAUGGCAAAGACAGUUGCAUCAUCAAAGAAGGAGAUGUGGGAUCACUGGUGUAUGUCAUGGAAGAUGGUAAGGUUGAAGUUACAAAAGAAGGCGUGAAGCUCUGCACCAUGGGUCCAGGAAAAGUGUUUGGCGAGUUGGCCAUUCUCUACAACUGUACCCGGACAGCGACCGUCAAAAGUAAGACUUUUUUCUUAUUUUGCCAAUACUUUCAAUGUCCUUUCCCCUAG